UCUCCAAAAUCUUCAUCAAUUUUGCGAUUGAAUCGAAACUACAACGCUCAUUCUGCGACGGACUACAAACCAUCACAAUGUGGCUAGUGAGAAUAUGCAGAAGAAUAAGAAGAAGACACAUAUCAGUGUUUUUUUUAGCUUUGCUUCUAUGGGGUCUAGUAUGGUUGGUAUGGAGUGUUCUGCUACAGCAUUCUUCCCCGUCAGACAGAAAGCUGCCCGCACGCUUCACAUGGAACCAACAAAUUGUCGAUAUGGAGCCAUCGGUCGACAACUCCUCUCAGCCUUCCGAUGGACAGAUUUUAAUCCAACUCAAAAAACAACUGCCCAGUCUGCCGAUUUCGUUUUGGCACCGAAAUAUGAAUAGAGGUUUGUUCUUCAAUAACAAUACUUGUGCAAGGUACCCCGACAUUUUUGAGCUUGAAUUCAACAAUUUAUAUUGGCAAAGCUUACGCACAACAAAUGGCACAUUUCAUUUGUAUGGGGCUUACUACGACAAUAGAGAACUGAGUGAGAUAGGGCCAGCAGUCAGAAUUCUUGGCAUGAUUGAUCGCAUCGAACCCACUGUCAACACCUAUUGCCAAAUUUGGUUUGACCACCACAGACAGCCUGUUUUUGCUGAAGUAAUGGAAUAUUCACAUAUUUGGAACAAAUUCUGGGGAAACUACGAGCAAGGAAUCUUGCAGCCCUACUUGAUGGCAUGUCAGAUUCCAGAAGAAUUUCAAAAACUUGUUCCAGCAUCAGUUUCUAUUGUUGAGGAUAAAUGUGACAUUGCCAAAAAUAAUUUGAGAGUAAUUUACAAGAAGCCUUAUGAGACAAAGAACUUCGCAGUGUGUGUAAAAGGACUGGAUUUCUCGCACAGUGAUCUCUCAGUGCGAUUGGUUGAGUGGAUAGAGUUGCUUGGAAUUCUUGGUGCAGACAAAGUGUUCUUUUAUCAGUUCAAAGUGCAUUCUAAUAUCAGCAAAGUAUUGAAAUACUAUAAGAAAAGGAAUCGCAUUGAAGUUACACAUCUGACAUUACCUGGUGGUCAACCAAACAUUCCUGCUUUACGAAGUCUCUAUCUGAAGAAAAACAGAUAAUUUUACAUAAAUAAUCCUCAAGUUCUUUUCAAAGUUUUAAUGUUUGAGUUUUUGAUCAUAAUUCUCAAGAAUUGAUUCCAACGUGCCCAAAUAGUCUAGUACUUCUUAUUCAUACAAAAAUAAUCUUUAAAUUCUCCUAAAAGGAUAGAUUUAAGUUCAAGUUUAAUGUUGAAGGUUUCUAUCAUCAUUUUUAAGAUUGAUUGUAACGUGUCCAUAUAAUCUAGCACUACUCAC